UGGCCUCGUCAAACCAAUCAGAGCGCAGUUUCUGUGUGUGCGGAAGUGCGUGAAGCCGGUGUCUUGCGGAUAUCAAGCGCGUGAGUAACAAGAAUAUCAUAUUUUACAACAAUAUGAUUAUGAACCUUUACGUGGAUUAAAACUCAAACCGGUCUACUUAGGAUAGGUUUUUCGUUGCACCACCUUGUCUAUGAUCUACAUGUACAUCUGAUAUUUAAUCUAAACGUUGAUUUUUGAUUCAUUUCCGAUAUGAAUGAAUGAUGUGAGAAUCAUGCUGCUGUGGAUUGUGUCCGGCUCUCUGCUUCUCUUCGGCAGUUUUGACGUCUGGUACUUCUUGAGAGCAACGUGGAUGGUGGUCAAGUCCUGGUUCCAGGGUCCGGUUCGAGACGUUCUGGCGGAGCAGGUGGUUCACGGAAGGGUUUUCCUCCACGACCUGGACUUUAUGUGUCACAUGAAUAACGCCCGCUAUCUGCGCGAGUGCGACUUCGCGCGCUACGCGUACUGCACGCGGAACGGGCUCUUCCUGGCGGCGCGUGCGCUCGACGCCUCCAUGCUGAUCGGAGCCACCACCAUCCGCUACCGGCGCUCGCUGGCGUUCGGCGAGGCCUUUGAGCUGCGCACGCGGAUCGUGGCGUGGGACGAGAAGUCCUUCUACCUGGAGCAGAGGUUCGUGUCCAAGACAGACGGGUUCGUUUCUGCUGUCAUGCUGUGCAGGCAGAAUGUCAUUCGCGGAAACCCACAGAGGAUCUUGGAUCACCUUUGCAAGAGGAGGGUGGAUUGCCCUGAGAUUUCAGAGGAUCUUCAGCACUGGAUCAGGUUCAUCUCUGCCAGCAGUCAGGCUCUGAGAGCAGAGAGUGGACUGGACGACAAGACCAAAUGAUCAUUUCAAAGACUCUUACCGUAAGCCUUCCUUCUGCAUGUAAGUUUCCCGUGAUGCUAACCUUGAAACCAAAACUCUCGAAGUGUCCGUUUUUAAGUUACAAAAAGGGUUUCUGAUCCAGAACCUGUGGCUGUUGGCAGCUUCAGUGUUUACUCCACCACACCAGCCCUCCGUAUAGUUUAUUUGUUUAAAAGUAUUACAACGUCAUUAUUGUACUUACAAAAUCCAUUCCAGAAGCUGCAAGAAAUAUGACUGACAAACCACAGUGCAUGAAUCUCUGUUGAGAAACAGAGCGCAUGAAUGAAUGUUGAAAACCUGACUCCAUUGACUUGAACUCUGGGGGCUUUUGAACGCUCCUAUAACCAAAUACGCACAUGAAUGUAAGAAAAAUCACGUUGAAAAGAGUAUUUUAAUAGUAUAAAUGGUAGAUGAGUUCUGAGCAGUGAAUUGGAACAAGUAUGUUGUUUUAUCAUAUCACAUCAUCAAUUUGUUGUGCUGGUCAGAUAUGUUAAUGUAGUUAUUUAUUCCAAUUUAAAACUGAAACGGUUUAUUAUUCUUGUUAUUUAUGAAAAGGGAACAUUUUUUUCUGAGAUUUGCAUAAUUUCUUUGAGAAGAGUCUGUAUGUAAAGUAAUUUAAGCACCUGUAAUGAAACUUGAAGACUUGGGUUAUGAAAUAAAGUCCUGCAUUGUAAAUAAUGUUUGUAUGUUUCUGAGUCAUUAGAAGCAUUUGUUUAUAAACGGUGUUCAUGUAUCUGGAUCAUGUGAGAACAGCACUACUGCCAUCUAGUGUGAAAACACUGU